AGGCAGAAAUCAUUCGAUCAACAGAGUCGAAAGCCACAUCGUCGCACUGCAAAAGUGAUAAAAGCUCCUCAUCGCCAUGUACAAGUUUGUCGUCCUCCUCGUCGCCUUGGCGGCCGUCGCGUCGGCAGCUCCGGGAGGCAUAAUCGCCGCUCCGGCUGCGGUGGUGGCGCACACUCCGGUCGCUACCAGCUACGCGAACACCUACAAAGUAUCCGUGAAGAGUCCGAUAAUCGCCGCUGCUGCCCCGAUCGAUUACGUGCACACCUACGCUGCCGCACCUGCUGCAACUUACCUCAAAACGGCCCCCAUCGCUUACGCCGCUCAUCCUGCACCCUUGGCUUACGCCGCCGCCCCCGCGUACGUUCGGGCCCCGGUCCCCUUCGCUUACGGAUACGGAGCAGCGGCUUACAUCCACUGAUCGUGGGAAAACGUCGACUGGAUGAGCCCGUAACAACUGUAAAAUUGUUCAUGGAAGAAAGACUAAUGAUUUGAUACUGAAUAAAAAUUUUUUUUUCUAAAAAUAUACACAAAAAGCAUUCGUUAUGAAGAAAAA